AUGAGUGCGCCAUCACAGCUGGGCCCUGCGCCCAAGGUUACCGUCAAUGGUACACAUACCCCAGAAUCAGAGACGCCUAUGUCAGCCAACGACAACAUCCGCAGAUUUGACGCUCCUUCUAGAGUAAUGAGCCCUCUGCAGCAUGCCCUCUUCCACAACAAGUCGAGGUGCUUUGUCUAUGGCAUGCAGCCAAAGGCAGUUCAGGGUAUGCUCGAUUUCGAUUUCAUUUGCAAGAGAUCGACACCCUCAGUAGCUGGUAUCAUCUAUACUUUCGGGGGUCAGUUCGUCAGUAAGAUGUACUGGGGCACCUCAGAAACUCUUCUACCUGUCUACCAGUCAGUAGAGAAGGCCUUCGAGAAACACCCUGAAGUUGACACGAUUGUAAACUUCGCCUCUUCGCGAUCGGUAUACAGCUCGACCAUGGAGCUUAUGAAUGUCCCUCAGAUACGAUCGAUCGCCAUCAUCGCCGAAGGUGUACCUGAGCGACGAGCUCGAGAGAUCUUGGUCACUGCAAAAGAGAGAGGUAUUGAGAUUAUCGGUCCUGCUACUGUUGGUGGUAUCAAGCCCGGUGCCUUCAAGAUUGGCAACACUGGUGGUAUGAUGGACAACAUUGUCGCCUCCAAGCUGUACAGAAAAGGCUCCGUCGGAUAUGUAUCCAAGUCUGGUGGUAUGUCCAACGAGCUGAACAACAUUGUAGCCAACAACACAGAUGGUGUUUAUGAGGGUAUUGCCAUUGGUGGUGAUCGGUACCCAGGUACAACUUUCAUUGACCAUCUACUCAGAUAUCAAGCCGAUCCAGAAUGCAAGAUCCUGCUUCUCCUCGGUGAAGUCGGUGGCGUUGAAGAGUACCGCGUGAUUGAGGCAGUCAAGAAGGGCGUCAUUACGAAGCCUAUUGUUGCGUGGGCUAUCGGUACCUGCGCUAGCAUGUUCAAGACUGAGGUACAGUUUGGUCAUGCUGGUGCAUCUGCCAACUCUCAGCUCGAAACUGCUGUGGUGAAGAACCAAUCUAUGAAGGAGGCUGGUUUCUUCGUCCCAGACACUUUCGAGGAGAUGCCGCAACUGCUCAAGUCUGUGUACGAAAAGCUUGUGAAGAACGGCACAAUCAAACCUGCUGCCGAACCUGUUGUUCCCAAGAUCCCAAUGGACUACUCAUGGGCUCAGGAACUGGGUCUCAUCCGAAAGCCAGCUGCCUUCAUCUCUACCAUCUCCGACGACAGAGGCCAAGAACUCUUAUACGCUGGUAUGCCAAUUUCAGAUGUUUUCAAAGAGGAUAUUGGUAUCGGUGGUGUCAUGUCUCUGCUGUGGUUCCGACGCAGAUUGCCUAUCCACGCUAGCAAGUUUCUGGAAAUGGUUCUUAUGCUUACCGCCGAUCACGGUCCAGCCGUGUCUGGCGCCAUGAACACCAUCAUCACUACACGUGCUGGCAAAGAUCUGAUCUCUUCCUUGGUCGCUGGUCUGCUGACUAUUGGUACUCGUUUCGGUGGUGCUCUCGACGGCGCUGCUGAAGAGUUCACAAAGGCCUUCGACAAGGGCAUGAGCCCAAGGGAAUUUAUUGACACCAUGCGAAAGGAGAACAAGCUCAUCCCAGGUAUCGGCCACAGAAUCAAAUCUCGAAACAACCCUGAUCUCCGUGUCGAGCUUGUCAAAGAGUUCGUCCAGAAGAACUUCACUUCUCACAAGAUGCUCGACUAUGCUCUUGCUGUCGAGACCGUCACCACCUCGAAGAAGGACAACCUGAUCUUGAACGUCGACGGUUGCAUCGCUGUCUGCUUUGUUGAUCUUAUGCGGAACUGCGGUGCCUUCUCCCCUGAAGAAGCAGAGGAUUACCUUCGAAUGGGUGUACUUAACGGUCUAUUCGUUCUUGGUCGAUCUAUUGGUCUUAUUGCACACUACCUCGAUCAGAAGAGGCUGCGAACUGGUCUUUACAGACAUCCUUGGGAUGAUAUCACCUACCUGCUCCCAACUUUGGCUAAAGGUGGCCCAGGUAAUGAAGGUCGUGUCGAGGUCAGCAUGUAA